UUCAUUUUUUUGUUGUCUUUCACAAACAGGUCUAUCGCUCCUAUCACCUGGUGCAGGUGAAAGAUCUCUUCAGAGAAAGUUGUGUGCGAGAGAACAGCAGCGAGCAACUUAUAUUUGCCUUCCCACUAAGAACCGGAAAUAAAAUCGAGACCAUGCCACCAACUCGUCGGCGACUUAAUUUCGGAGAAAUCGGUGUUGUGACUAGAUCGAGAAGCAUACAACUUCAGGAGCAAGAGACACUGGAAAAAUUCCUGUCGAGCUUCACGGUGAUCAGCCCUUCAAAAGGAACAACAACGGACAUCAUGAGUCGGGUCAGUGUCUUCAGACAGAACAGCUCGGGGGAUUCCAGCACGGAGCAAGGUGAAAUGGAGAGUUGGGAGAAAAUAACUGUGGGAAGAAAAAGACGAAGAAAAAACACAAAUAAACGACUUCAGACUAAUCAGCAGGACGGGACCAGUAAAAAGCUUCCUGUCACCCUGAUUGAAAUAUGGGACAAUAAUUUCUCACAAGGCAUAUUCAUGAUCAAUUUAUACUCAAGAUGUCAGUGUAGAUUCUGUAGAAGUCCACUGUGGCAGUAGGUGCAUGCUACGAUUCAUUUCAACUUUGUAUUUAAAUCUGCAAGUAUAUUGGUAUCACUAUUGGUAUGUAUAUUUAAAUUAUUUACUUUAGUGUGCCUUUUUCCGCUCAAAAUGUAACAGUAUUAUGUACAGCCUGCAGACAAGUGUUUGAGAGAGAAGAGAGAAACGGGAUUUUUUUUUAAUUUGAAAAUAGUUUUCUCCUCCCUUACUUUCCUGUCUCACUUGCUAUUGUUGGCAACACACUUCAUCCCAUUGUUUUCCUCCCUUUUUUAGGUCGUCAUCUCUGAUAAUAGAUUCGGUCAGCCAUUCUCCAAAUGCUAUAUCCAAUAAUUGUAAAUAAUUCCAAAGCGGCGUGACAGCCUGUGCCAACUUUUUUCUACUGUACAUUUUUCAAUGCCAUGAGAAGAAAUUCGAAUUAAUAAAUAUGCUAAAUCCAGAAUUGCUAUUGAGUUCUUUGUCUUCAAUUUUUGCAAUCAACCACUUUUGACUCAAAA